AUGCAGCGUACGAUCAGCGAUGGGGAUAAGAAAGAAUUUCCUGAUUCUGGAGGAGAACGUGGAACGGUAGCACCAGGAAGGACUGGGUUGCAAGAGUUAUCGAGGCUGCCAAAACGGGAAAGGACUAAGAUGACGACCUGUACUUAUAACGCACGUACGCUUGCAUCGGAAGCGGCCAUCGAAGAUCUGAUGAUGCAAGCCAGGAAGAUCAAAAACGACGUCAUCGGGCUGACCGAGACCUCACGACGUCACCCACUCAACGCGGUAUAUGAAACUGGAGAAGAACUGUUCUUAGAGACAUGCGACAGUAGAGAAGUUGGUUGA